GUUGGCCGCGUGCGUUGCUAGUCGUUGCCUGUGUUUGGAAUUUAAAAAAAAAAGUUACGCGCGAUAAGAAACAGCAUGAAUGUGAUUUCACUGACAGUAUGGGCUCUGGAAAGCAAUUGUUUUAUAGUUUACACGAUUAUGAUAGUGUUUUUCGUGGCUUUUACGAUGUUCCACAAGAAUAGAUUGGAGGCUAAUCAAAAUAGAAUUGGCGCCAAGAAGAGAUUCGCGAUCCACGAUGGCGGGAGAGAAAAAGAGCAUCCCGAUGACGAAGAUGACCCAGAUUGGCUGGUGCCUGCCAUUCCCGAAGACACCCCCCACAUACCAUACAAGCCGGUGAAACGGCCCAUGGAGGAGGUUCUUCAAAGGUCCCUGGAUUAUUAUGAACUGAUGGCCAAGAGGAGGACAGUCAGGAGUUUCAGUACGGAGCCUAUACCUCAAGAAGUGCUGGAUAAUAUCGUGAAAACUGCAGGUACCGCCCCAUCCGGUGCGCAUACAGAACCGUGGACAUUCGUAGUCGUCCAAGACUCCAACAUGAAGGAAGCCAUACGAAGCAUAGUAGAAGAAGAGGAAGAACUGAACUACAAACGGAGGAUGUCCAGGCAAUGGGUGACAGACCUGAAGCCCUUUGCUACUACGUAUCAGAAACCCUACCUUUCUGACGCACCAGCUCUGAUACUGGUGUUUCGGCAGACGUACUCUUGGAGAGAAGAUGGCAAGAAGAGGAUGCAUUAUUACAAUGAGAUUAGCGUUGCGAUUGCUGCUGGGUUUCUUUUGGCUGCUAUACAGUACUGCGGCCUAGUGGCUCUAACUUCCACCCCCUUGAAUUGCAACGCUCGUCUCCGAGACCUCCUGUGCAGACCCCUAAACGAGCGUCUGGAGCUGCUGCUGCCAGUCGGCAGACCUCACGAGGACGCGACGGUGCCAGAUAUAAGCAGAAAACCCCUCGAUCAGAUCAUUAUAAACGCCUGAUAAUACCACAUAUUGCUUUACUGAUUUGUUGCUCAUUAUUAUUUUAAGAUUAUGAUUAAAUGUUUGUAAAUACAAGGUU